AUAAAGAGAGUGUAUCUCUGAGUGGGUAGAUAGGCAUCUAUCCACUCAGCGAUUUGUCUUGUCUUUGACAUCAGUUUUUUGACUCUUGACUCAGUCAUCAGGAAGGAUGAAGUUCAUCGCCCUGUUUCUUGUGUUGUCACUGGUCGUCCUCAUGGCUGAACCUGGGGAAGGUUUUUUUCACCACAUUCUCUCGGGAAUUUUUCACGUUGGCAAAAUGAUCCACGGCGCGAUCCAAAGGAGGAGACAUGGCAUGACAGAGCUAGAGCAGGAGCAGUUUGACCGAGAUCGGGCUGAUUUUGCCUAGACCUCCUAUGACCUAUAGUGGUUCACCUGAAGGAGUCACUGUGAAGCAAUUCACACACAAUUGUCUAAUGGUGCUAUUCUUGGGUUCUUUGGAAAAAUAUAAUUCAUCAAUUCAAAUAAAAUUGCAUUUUAAAGAGUUA